AUGACCUCGGCGCGGGAGGCGGCCGGUUCCCCCCCGCUGCCCGCCGCGGGCGAGGAGCGCCGCCGGGGCGCCCUGGACCAGCUGCCGCCGCCCGCCAACUCCAACAAGCCGCUGACCCCCUUCGGCAUCGAGGACAUCCUCAGCAGGCCCUCGGGCCGCAGGGCCCCCCCCGGGCACGGCGCGCCCCCGGCCCGGCUCCCGGACAAGGCGGCGGGGCCCGGCGCGCCCCGCAACGGCGUGUGCGCCCCGUCCUCGCCGCUCUGCGCGCUGGAGGAGCUCGCCAGCAAAACUUUCAAGGGGCUGGAGCUGAACGUGCUGCAGGCGGCGGAAGGUCGGGAGCCGCUGGGCGCCUUCGGGCACCGCCCGGCCUCCAAGAAGCGGCGCAAGUCGCGGACGGCGUUCACCAACCAGCAGAUCUACGAGCUGGAGAAGCGCUUCCUCUACCAGAAGUACCUCUCCCCGGCCGACCGCGACCAGCUGGCGCAGCGGCUGGCGCUGAGCACGGCGCAGGUCAUCACCUGGUUCCAGAACCGCCGCGCCAAGCUCAAGCGCGACCUGGAGGAGAUGCGCGCCGACGUGGCCUCGCUGCAGGCGCUGCCCCCCGCCGCCCUCGAGCAGCUGGCGGCGCUCCCCGAGCCCCCCCGGGGAGGCGGGGGCGCACCCCGGUACCCGGACACCUGCUCCGAGUCGUUGGCCUCCACGCCGCCGCCCUUGACGUCAUGCUCCGGUGACGUCACCGCGCGGGGGCGAUGA